AAACGACGAUGGAGCUUCACACCAAUUUCAUACAACCGGCACCAAUCACAGAGUCGAAACACUGCCCAGAAUACACAGAGCAGAAUGACAGCUGAAAGCAGCUCCAACUAUACACAGAUACCAAAUAGGACUGCGGUCCUCACAGUCUUACGAUUAAUUGCUCUCCGUCUGGCAGGCAGUCAGGCAGUCAUCGAGAAUCGCCAUACCCAACCAAGACGUGUGCAAUAUUGGAAACAAAAUGAUGAUGUUGAUGAUUAUUAUUUAUAUUAUUUAAUUCAAGCAGUGAGAAUAUAUCCCCUCAACACGCCGUGUGCCAAGUGACCAGCCAUGUCAAUUAAGGAACAAGAAUGCUACACGUAUGACUUUGCUGACCCAGCUCACCCAGCAGAGUUCUUGGAUGCUUUCCAAGAAUUUUACCUUGAUGGCUUGUUCACAGACAUUACUCUCCAGUGUUCUACUGGUCAGAUAUUUCACUGUCACAAAGCAGCUCUAUCUGCGUGCAGCACUUAUUUCAAAGUGAUGUUCACAGCAGACAUGAGAGAGAGAUCCAACAACUUGAUCAAGCUUUCAGGUAUCGACAGUGAUGUAUUGACUGCUCUGGUGAAUUAUGUGUAUACAUCCCAGCUGAGAAUAACUGAGAAGAAUGUCCAGAGCCUCUUGGAAGCAGCUGAUCUCCUUCAGUUUGUGUCUGUAAAGAAAGCCUGUGAGGAGUUUCUGGUCAGGCACCUGGAUGUUGACAACUGUUUAGGGAUGCAUUCUUUUGCAGAGUUUCAUGUCUGCCCUAAACUGGAGAAAGAGGCCAGGAGGAUGGUGUUGUGUAGGUUUGAAGAGGUCACAACGCAGGAGGAGUUCCUGGAACUGCACUUUGAGAAAUUAAGUUACGUAGUGUCCAGAGAAAACCUCAACGUCUGGAGACAAGAAGUUCUUUUGGAAGCUGUCGUGAAAUGGAUCGCCCAUGAUGUCCAAGCUCGUACUGGUUAUGUGCAGGAUUUGCUCUACUGCAUCCAACUGGAUUUGGAUGAAAUCUACCUGAGGACGGCCCUUGAUCUGCAGAAAAGAUGUUUACUGGGCAGUGAGAAAAAAGUCUACUCUUUAAUCUGCCAUGGUUUACAAUCCACUCGCAAAGGGAACUUUGUGAGUUCUAAAAAGUUGACCUCUAGCAUGUACAUUAUUGGAGGAUAUUACUGGCACCCGCUCUCAGAGGUAAAUGCGUGGGAUCCACUUACUAAUACCUGGGUCCAGGGAACUGACAUGCCAGACCACACGAGGGAAAGCUACAGCGUGUCACUUUUGGGACCAAACAUUUACGUAACAGGGGGUUACAGAACAGACAAUAUUGAAGCUCUUGAUACAGUGUGGGUUUAUAAUGGAGACACUGAUGAGUGGACAGAGGGGUGCCCUAUGCUUCAUGCUCGAUAUUAUCACUGCUCGGUCACUUUGCAUGGCUGUGUGUAUGUUAUAGGAGGGUACAGAGGGGGAGCUCCUGCAGGAGAGGCAGAGUUCUAUGACCCUUUGAAGAAGACAUGGAGCCCUGUUGCAAACAUGGUACAAGGUGUUGGAAAUGCCACAGCCUGUGUUUUGCGUGAUGUAAUCUAUGUAACUGGAGGUCACUAUGGCUAUAGGGGAAGCUGCACCUAUGACAAAAUUCAAAGAUACAGGUCGGAUCUCAAUGAAUGGAGCAUUGUUACAAUAAGUCCACAUCCAGAGUACGGGCUGUGUUCUGUGGCUUUCAACAACAAGCUAUACCUAGUCGGUGGGCAGACUACCAUCACUGAUUGCUAUGACCCAGAAAAGGACGAAUGGAGACAGAUGGCUCCGAUGAUGGAGAGGAGGAUGGAAUGUGGGGCUGUUGCCAUGAAUGGAUGCAUUUAUGUCACAGGGGGAUACUCCUACUCAAAAGGAACCUAUCUUCAGAGCAUAGAGAAAUAUGACCCAAAACAAGACAAGUGGGAAAUCGUGGGCAAACUUCCCAGUGCCAUGCGGUCACAUGGUUGUGUUUGUGUUUACAGUGUGUAGACAGGAUGCUGUGCACUGGUUCUGUAUUGCUGCCCAACAGGAAAUGCUGGCUAUGAAGAGCUGGAAGAAACAAACAGGAUGUACUGUAAAGAGCAGUGGCUAAUGAGAUGUAAACUACUGCACUGUUCCUUGUCACCCAGAAGGCAUGUGGAUAACAUGCAGUUGAUACAAUGCCAUCAAGUGGGCAGCUUCUUUCAGUAUGCUAGUAUGCAUUUUAAUUGGAAUAAAUAUUGCAGUGAAGAACCCACUUCUGUUUUGAUACCAUACUGAAACUUAACAAAUAUCCCUUUUUUUCAUCCCUGCACGUGCCAAUAAUAUAUAUAUUUUUAAGUCUCUUUCCCCUUACAAGCAGGGCUCAGGAAGAACAAAAUAAGUUUUGUAUGUUAAUAUGCUUCAUGUCUGAAAAAGAGACCUAUCUGCCUUUGGCACUAUUUUUAAAGUCACAAGAAAACCACAUAUAGAAAAAAAGUAGUAUAAGACCCCAUCAUUUUAUGCAGGGUGUACAGAACCAGGGCUAUUUCGUUUUUGUAGAAAUGUAAUAACUUUAACCAACAAACACCCUUAAUGUGCACAUUUGUAAGACAAAUGAAGAUUUUGGUGUUAUAGGGGUUUGUGGACAGGCAAGUGGUCACUGCUUUGUUUCCAGCCAAAGCAGAGAAAACAAAAGUAAUUGCUAUAUGUCAGUAUGUCACACUUCACACAUUUUUCCAUAUAUUUGGAGAACCGCUUAUUUAAUUAUCAUCAAUCUUAAUAUUAACUUUAUUUAGCGUAAGUUAUUGAGAGUUUUAGAUUCUAGGAAUACAGGGGGUGUCCGUCUGUCUCACUUACAUGUUUUCUCAUAUCUGGCACAGGAUGAGUUACUGACAUGCUUGUUUUAGAAGAACAUUUGAGAGGCAAAUGUUCUGCUGUCAAUAUAAGUAGAUUGCUUAACUUUUUAAUUUUCAUAGAAACUACAGUACAGCAAUUACAAAAUGUUAUAUUACUGAUUUUAUAUUUGAAUGUAAAUACUUUUAAGUAUGCUGAGUAAGUUUACUUAAAAAAAAAAAAAAAAAGCCUUAGUAUGUUUAUUUACAAAAUGGACAAUCCCAAAGCACCAUUUUGUGAUCAGGGUAAAUUUUAAACUACAGUACUUAUUUUCCUCACUAGGGGGUGUCACAAGGUAAGAAUUGGGAGCUUCAUUUGUUGUUAGUUCAAAGAUGAUUUUGUAACACUGAAGCAUUUUGUCAUAACAGUUGGACACACACACAUUCAGUAUGGUAUGAUAUUUGACAUGAAGAUUUGUGUUGGGACAUUUCUUGUAGGAUUUUUAAUGUGUACCUGUUUAAAUUGUGAAAUUUCACUUGAGUUGUAAACUAUAAUAACCGGUAGAUUUCACUUUCCUAACCAGGUACAUUUGAAGUUGUUCGGUCUUUUGCACAUGAGAACAUUUGUAGGGAUUCCUGUUGAAGGAAGUUUGUGAUAUUUUAGCUUUGUGAAUGUAUGUUCUGUAGCCCAUGACAGCUGUAGAGUGAGUGACUUACACUAAAGAAUAAUCUUGCAGUGGAGUAGCAAUAGAGUAUUGAGUCCUUUAUUUGUUAUUUAUUGGGAUCGUUCUUGAUAAGCUGGGACUGUUAUAAACGAUUUUGAUAGCACAAUGUGGGGAAGCUCAAUGUGUCACUGAUGUACCUUUGCUUCAAUGUCAGCCUGGUAACUUUAUGAAGUAUGAAAUCCAAUAAUAUAAAUGAGUCCGCCUUUAAGAAGAAAGAAAACACGUUUUGCAUGAAUAAAUGUGUAAUAGAUAUACUUUUAAUAUUGUAGAUGAUGUACAAAGCAAUAAAUUAUGACAAGAUUAUAUGUUUACAAACUUAUAACCACAAUUUUGUUUAUUUUAUGAAUACAGAUAUUUGGUCUAUACUAAUUAAUCAGUGGCAGAUCUAAGUAAGACUAUUGUUUAAAUCUUCAUGGGGGGGGACUUUCACAAAACCAACAUCUCUAGCAAUGUGUGUGAGUCUCCUAAGUGUAUUUUUUGUUUUUAAAAGUAAGUAAAAUAACAUAUUUUGCUCUAAAUGGUGGUAGUAUUUAGCUCUGUAAGUGUUUAUAUCUAUUGAUUAUAUAUAUAUAUAUAUAUAUAUAUAUAUAUAUAUAUAUAUAUAUAUAUAUAUAUAUAUAUAUACCCCACAAUGUUUUACCAUUUUACUUUUGAAUAAGCAUGACAAUCCAAAAGAGGUGUGGCUUUUUCAACAGUGGAGUAUAUCUUCAGUUCUUUAACAUUUAACAUCAAAAACAUAAAAUUAGUUGGAAGAGAAGUUUAUACUUUUUUGUUUUUGAAUACUUGAUCUUGCUACUAAUGUUAGUACUUAUUGAUCAUUCACAAAGUAGGUACAGCACUUUAGAGGUACUGUAUUUACUAUGACAUUUAUUUAGGAUUAUACUAUGUAUAUAAUAAGAUUAGAACUAUUGUCAACAGAUUGUGUGGGUUGCUGUUUUAUAUAAUUUAUUUGAAAUAUGUUUACAACUAACUUAGUGAAACUUUUUGUAUAAUAUUUCUGUAAACUGGGCAAGUUUUCAAAUGUAAUUUCUGUGAGAAUGUAGGACUGCAUAUUAAUACAGUCCGAAUUAAUUUUUAAAUCUAAAAUGCCUUUUCUUCUGUAAGAAAAUAAUCCCAAGAAUUUACUGGACUGCAUGAACAUUUAUUUAUCGUACAGUUUGUUACCAAUAAAAUUCAGUUUGAACAACUGAAUAAAUUAUUGUAUUUAAUACAACUGUAUUUAUGUGAUUUUUUACUAUACAUUUGAGGUGAUGUUCUUUGAACUGUUUAGAAAUCUUAUUAAUGUUGUAUAAUAGUAGUUGUUCACAUGUCUUUCAAUAAACUGUU